AGAACACAAAUAACAAGCUACAAAUCCUUCCUCUUUGCGAGUAACGGUCGAGAGAAAACCCCUUAUAACACAAAGUUACUAUAUCCGCUCUAUCUCUCUAUUCCCCCCUUUUUUACUCUCUAUCUCGCAGCUGCAAACAUGAGUAAUUGGAAAACCCUAAUCAUACGAAUCGGUGAAAAAUGUCCAGAAUACGGCGGAACCCUAGAUUUCAAAGAACACAUCGAAUCAUGUUACUCUCUAAUUUGGCGAGAAUUAGACCAACAAGAAGACGAACACCAAAUCCUCCAUUUCCUUCUUCAAUGUGCUGAACAACUCCCUCACAAAUCUCCUCUUUAUGGAACAUUAGUCGGGUUAUUAAACCUCGAGAAAGAAGAUCUUGGCAAAUUAGUUGUAGAUAAUACACACGCAAAUCUACAAGAAGCGAUUCUAACCGAAAACUGUGAUAGAAUUCGUGUUUUGCUACGAUUUCUUACUGUUUUAAUGUGCAGUAAAGUAGUUCAACCUAGUUCUUUGGUUGUUGUUUUUGAAACAUUGCUAUCUUCUGCUUGUACUAUUGUUGAUGAAGAGAAAGGGAAUCCGGCGUGGCAAGCACGUGCUGAUUUCUAUAUUGGGUGUGUUUUGGGGUGUCUUCCUUGGGGUGGUGGAGAUCUUAUGGAGCAAGUUCCCGAAGAGAUUGAUAGAGUUUUGGUUGGGAUUCAGGCUUAUUUGAGUAUUAGGAAGCAUGUUUAUGAUGCUGGGUUUUCGAUUUUUGUUGAUAAUAGUAGCAGUGGUCUGAACGCUAAUGAAAAGGAUUUUCUGGAAGAUUUAUGGAGUCGCAUUCAGGAUUUAUCAAACAAUGGUUGGAAACUUGAAAGUGUUCCGAGGCCCCAUCUCUCUUUUGAAGCUCAGCUUGUAGCUGGAAAGUCCCAUGAUUUUGGUCCCAUUAGUUGCCCUGAGCAGCCUAGAUUGCCAUCUAUCUCCACUGUCUCCUAUGGCAGACAGAAGCAUGAUGCUGAUCUAAAAUACCCACAAAGAAUUCGCAAGCUGAAUAUAUUCCCUCCAAAUAAACUAGAAGAUUUGUCACCUAUAGAUCAGUUCAUCAUGGAAGAGUAUCUGUUAGAUAUUUUAUUGUUUCUGAAUGGUUGUCGGAAGGAAUGUGCUGCGUACAUGGUAGGGCUUCCAGUACCUUUUCGCUACGAGUACCUGAUGGCAGAGACAAUCUUUUCGCAAUUACUUCUACUUCCUCAACCACGAUUUAAGCCAAUAUACUAUGCGUUGGUUAUUAUGGAUCUCUGCAAGGCACUUCCUGGGGCCUUUCCUGCAGUUGUAGCUGGUGCCGUACGUGCUCUUUUUGACAAGAUUGCUGAAUUGGAUAUGGAGUGUCGAACACGACUCAUUCUUUGGUUUUCACAUCAUCUAUCCAAUUUUCAGUUCAUUUGGCCCUGGGAAGAAUGGGCUUAUGUCUUGGAUCUUCCAAAGUGGGCUCCUCAAUGUGUAUUUGUUCAAGAAGUUUUGGAAAGAGAAGUUCGAUUGUCUUAUUGGGACAAAAUCAAGCAGAGUAUUGAAAAUGCCCCCGGCUUAGAGGAGUUACUUCCUCCCAAAGGUGGUCCGAACUUUAGUAUUAAAGCAGAAAAUGGCCAGAAUGCUGAACGACUUGCCUUGUCUGAUGAUCUUAAGGAUUUGGUUAGAGGCAGGAAAACGGCACGAGAAAUUAUAUCAUGGGUAGAAGAAAACGUGAUGCCUGUCUAUGGGUUGGAAGAGACACUCCAAGUAAUAAUUCCAACUCUCCUGAAUAUUGGGUCAAAGAGCUUCACUCACCUGAUUACUGUCUUGGAAAGAUAUGGCCAAGUCAUUGCCAAGAUCUGCCCUGAUGAGGACAGGCACGUUAUGCUAAUUAACGAAGUGAGUAACUUCUGGAAGAAUAGCACUCAGAUGACUGCCAUAGCUAUAGACCGUAUGAUGGGCUAUCGUCUGAUCUCCAACUUAGCUAUUGUGAGAUGGGUCUUCUCUCCAGCCAAUGUUGAUCAGUUUCAUACGUCUGAUCGAUCUUGGGAGAUCCUUAGAAAUGCAGUUAGUAAAACAUAUAACCGUAUAUGUGACAUGAGAAAAGAAAUAUUGUCAUUGAAGAAUCGCCUACAAUCUGCAGAAGAGGCUACAACAAACGCUAAAGCAGAAUUAGAGGAAGGCGAGUCGAAACUUUCACUUAUGAAUGGUGAACCUGUUGUUGGUGAAGAUCCUAUUAAGCUCCAACGCCUAAAAACUUCUUUUGACAAGGCAGAAAAAGAGGAGAUGUCUUUACGUGAAUCCUUAGAGGCAAAAGAUGCUCUGCUUUUUCGUGCCCUUAGUGAAAAUGAAGCACUAUUCCUCUCCUUGUACAAGAACUUCUCAAUUAUCCUGCUGGAUCGUCUCCCUGAGGAUUCUGCUAUUGGGACAUCUCGUAGCCUGCACUCUGAUUGGACUGACGCAAUGACUGUUGAACUCGACGAAUCAUCAGGAAUGGAUAUUGAUCAGGAGAAAGGACUGUCAAAUGGGAGGAAAGGUUCUGAUACUUACAAUCUAAGUGAAAUUGAUCAAUGGGGACUAUCAACGUUGGGCUAUGUGAAGGCAUUCACCAGACAAUAUGCGUCUGAAAUUUGGCCGCACAUUGAGAAGAUAGAUGAUGAGAUCCUCAGUGGAAAUGUGCAUCCGCUUUUCAGAAAAGCGGUUUAUUGUGGCCUAGGUCGAUUAGCUGAUAAUCAAUGAUCAGAAAUAUAAACGUCAGAUAAGCAGUUUACUGUGGUCUAGGUAGGUUGACUGAUUAUAUCAUUCAUCACAAGUUUCUUGUAUCAGAAAAAACAGUUGAGUUGUAAAGUAGGAAUUUUUUUAGUUAGUAUGUCAUCUCUAUUUAUGUGUUUGAUUUUGUACCUGUUGUCCGACUGAAUACAAACUUCUUAAAUAUUUAUGAGCUGUGGCCUGUGGGUUUUGUCAUA